AUGGAACCACGAAAUUCUGCUAUUCACGCAAACCUGGGCUUCAACACACUUUUCCUAUCCGUCCAAAUUCUCGGCGGAUUGAUAUCCUAUGCCAUUUUUGUCGGAUGUGAUCCCCUGCUUGAUGGACGUAUCACGGCCUACGAUCAGAUCUUCCCCCAUCUUGUUAUGCAUUUGUUUCAAAAUAUCCCAGUGCUUCGGGGCAUCUUCUUGUCAACAAUUUUUGCAGCUGCCCUAAGUCGAGCUUUAUCCCUUCAACUUAUGCGGAGCCAUGCGAACCCGCCUUUUGAAGAAGUCGUCGAUGCCAUACAAAGGCUGCGCAAAAACAAGGAAACCAAAGAGGAUGGUAUACCCACCGAAAUCUUCCGACCUUCUAUCGCCACUCUGGCAUGUUGGAUCCAUGAAGUGCUUGAACAGACGUCGAGAAGCGAGCUCGUUCCUGAUGACUGA